UCCACCCCAGCAGCCCUACUGUAGUGUAGUUCUUAAAGUGAACCGCCGGCGCCAAGCUACAAGACUGAUUGCCAAAGUCAAUCAGGUGCCUAGUAAUGUGCUGACAAGGAGCCAUUACAUUCUCGUUAGCAAACAGACAGGAACUGGGGAUUUAUUAAUGUUGAAAAAAACUGUCAGGUAUUUGGCAUUGUGAUAUUUUUGUCUUGUGUGGUGGGAGGGAUUCCUGUGUCCUUAGGGCUCAAGGAAACACAAAUGGUGUCGUCAUGUAGUAAGUAGAGAUCAAGACAUUUAGUUGACAGGUGAUGUGAAACUGGACACUUCGUUUCACUCAACUAACAGAUUUGGACUGCUUCAAUGUUGUCACUAGCUGUCAUAUAUCAAGCUGUUUCUGGGUGAUGGGAUGUGGGCUGGAAGAAGGUGGUUUGGAGGAUCAAGUCUGUAUUCUCAGCAGUGUUAGGUAAAAGUGAACACAGAGCACCUCACACACCCUACAGCUACAGCCUCCCACCACAGCCUGCAGCUGACACAGCAAAAACCUCACCAAGACUUCACCAGUCUGUGGACUGUUACAGGCUUACAGUAUUUCAGUUGUGUUUGGAUAACAUUGGACUGCAUCAGUAAGUCAUUAACAGCAGGGUUAGGCAGUGAAAAAUAUUGAUGGCAGACAACAUUAGUGUUUGACUCAAGGAAAACUUUCAUGGGGCAAGAAUGUCAUUUAACAAGUAAAGACCUCAAGGAACUUUGAAGGUCUCUUAUACAAAAAACUUGUGUUAAAACAUCAGAUUUCUACAAAAUAUGAAUCUUUUCCGACUAUGAAAUGUACUGUUUGAAAGAAGAUUCAAGAAAUCACCAAUACCAGUGUAAUGUCGGCUUAUUACCUUUAGUCUGUAUUCAGCAACUGGACAGUCGUUAGAUACUGAAGGACAUUUUCAGUACUCAGAAAACAAAAACAUUAUUGCUCCUGACAAUCUUGAGUAAUUAUUAUUUAUUCAGAUUUCUCAAUUGAUAUUUUCUGGGAGAUAUCUUCUCCUGCGACUUCAUCAACAGGCCACAAUGUCAAUAAUAAACGUAAGUACAGCGGCAACGUUGACAGCUAACGUGACCCAGGGGAUGAUGAGGCGCUGGACCCUGGAAGAGCGGGCACAGCUGAUUCUCUCCCAGCCCGUCGCAAUCAUCAGUCUCAUUCUUUGUUUUCUUGCCAUUGUUGCAAAUUGCUUCUCAAUUCUUGCAACCAUGCUGGGUCCCAAUGGUAUGGUGACACACAACAAACUGAUUGUGAGCCUGGGGCUGUCAGACAUCCUGCUGAGUUUCAGUGUGGUCAGUCACACCAUCAACAAGGUGCUCAUUCCCUACCCCCACAAGGACUCCACCCAACAGGAAGUCCUCACAUUCUACUGUAUGACAAUCUUUGCAUUUGCUCUCUACACAAUGGCAACAAUCAUCUCCCUUUUGAACCUCUUUGCAAUGGCAGUGGACCACUAUGUUGCCAUCAUGAAACCCCUUCAUUACGCUGCAUACCUGUCCCGGGCACGAGGCAAUUGCUUUAUUGUGACCAUAUGGAUGUUGGCAAUUUUUUGUGGAUUUUCAGUAUUUUUAUCUGAUAUCCGGAACUACGGUAAAAGAGAUCUGAAUUACUGUCAUUAUCUGAAGAAACGAGAUUUUCAAGGGGAAUAUCUCAUUAUUGCUGUUGCAUUCCUCUGCCUCCUGACCAUCCUGUACACAUAUCUGCGCAUUUACAUCGAAGUCCGGAGAGUUCACAGACAAGGCCCGUCAGCACGAAUGGAUUACGUACGAAAUCGGAAGGCUCUCUUCACAACCUUGGUCAUCAUCGGAACAUUUGCUGUUUGCUGGCUGCCGACAUGUCUGAUGCAAAUAAUCCUCACUAUUCAAGCAAAACUAAGUCCACAGUCGAUCAUUAAACAUUUUGGGGUCCUGUUUCGACUUCAGCGCUAUCUCAACUGCCUGAUUCUGGUGAACACUCUGUGUGAUCCCAUCGUUUAUGCAGUUCGUCUGAGAGAUGUUCAGCUUGGAUACAGAAGAAUUUUCCAGAAAUGUCUCUUUUUUCGGUCCAAACGGAGAGGCAGCCUACAAAUGACCAUGGAGCGUCGAAACACACAAAUUGCACGUCUGCUUACAAUGGACAGUAUCACAAUACCGAACGACAAGGAGUCAGGCAACUCACUGUGUGAAACCUCAGCUGACAAGAACAGUGAUUCACCAACCAAAGUGUAAUCCCAUUAUUUGCUGCUGCUCAGGAAUUAUGCAACAUAAGACCAAACUUAUCAAUGCAGACAGAUAUGCUGAACAUCUACAAGUUUCACCAACUCAAUGGACACUAGAUUAUUAUUCGUAUCUCCUUACACCCAAUAUGGAGAGAUAUGUAAUUGUCACUGAAAAUAACUGAACUAUCAUGAAAUAUGAAUCCAAUAUACAGAUUAAUAUUUUUCUUUGAAACAACAGUAAAUGACAGCUUCAGCAGUAAUCAGAAGCCUGUUAUGACAUUGGAAGAUGUCAACAUGUUUAAGUUUGAAUCACUGGGACAAGAGUUCAGUGUUGGAUGUUGAUUCAUACAAGGAAUGUUUGAACAUGGCACCAACUUCAUCUCAUCCGAAUAGCCAACCUUAGUCAGGGUAAAAACAUAUCAGUGAGGCAUUUGAAACGUAAGACAAAUUCAUAUAGACAGUUUAAAUGUAAUCAUGGUGUAAACAAUUACUUUUUCUCUACUGCUACAUUAUUAAUUCUGUAAGCUGGAUGUGGUUGGAACCAUAUUAUCUAAUAAGGUAUCUGGGCUUUGAAAGAAAGUCAAAGAUCCUGGUGUGACUAAGGGAACCAACUCUGCAUGACAUUUUUUUAUGCCUUAGACAUUCUACCAACCCUCAUCACAGUAUAGAUCAGACUAUAUCAUUUCUUAUUUGGAGGGUUUAUUAUUUCUCAACAUGAAACCAAUAUUUAUUUAGUGAUCAAUGAUUAAACACAAAGAACAAAGAAUGAUUAGGGCCUUUUUAGCCCAUGGGUAUGCAUAAUUCAAGAAAUUAGGUAAAGCUUUACAAAUCAUUGUGACCUUUAUCAGAUAUGUUCAUAAGUACCCAAAAUAAGUUUUUCAAUUCAACAACUGCAUGUGACUUAUGACAACACCUAAUGCAAAUGUAAGGCUAAGUCAAAAGGACGAUUUUGGACGUUUUCAGGAAGAGAUCUUCUAAUAUUUGAAAAUAAAAAAGUCUUUGACCAAGGCAGGUCUUUUUUCAUGGAAGUACACAAAAAAAGGUACAAACAUAUUUUACAAAAUUAUGGGGGCUUUCACACUGGUGCAUAGUUAGAUGUUGUCUUGAAUUGAAAACAUUGCCCUUUUAUGGUAAUUUUCGCCAUUGUUGUGGAGAAAAAUAAUUCUUGCAAGGGUAAGAAAAAAAUUAUAAAGCCAUAAUAGUCUGUAGCUCUCCAGAACUAUGAAGACAAAGUGGCGGCCAUGUCGAAAGUCGGAUUGGAUUUCUGUGUGCAACUUUUAGACAUUACAGCUGGAAUCAUUCAUACAAAGUUUCACCACCCUAGGGCUUGUAGAUACAGAAAUGUUGAAAAUGCAGAAAAAAUUGAAAAAAUGGGCUUACCUGAAUGUCAAAAGUAAUAGCUUGAUUAAAAAACAAUAAUCAAAAUAUGCCCCAAAUGUAUUAUACAUUAUACCACACACUUUCUGCAUAUCAUCUUCAUCUUCCGGAGGUUUAAAGUCUGAUCGCAAUUCUGUGAAAACAGACACCAUAUCUGGGAUAACUUAUGCAAAGUUUCAGUUUCUUACACAUAAUUUUUGGAGAAGAUGUUCAAAAUGUAAAACUUAACGAUGCACAUUCACAGGGAUGGACAGAUGAUAAAUGAGCCACAACACAAGCUCACUUGACCAGCUGUCAACCAUUUGAUCAUAUCUUAUGAUUUUCACACCAUUAUUACAAAACUUUUCAUGAAAGUUUACAUGUCCAUUGGGCCAGAAAUAGCCCAUAACCAAUUGUCCUCUGCAUCAGAUGUAACGACGUCAUCUACAUGGUGGGUUCCACUUCAUUUCCAACAUAAGUCCUCCUGCCAUGCUGCUGUGAGGUAUCUGACACACAACUGUAGUCUUCAUUGCUGGGUUUCAAACAUCAAAACAAUUUCUUAUCUUGAAAACAUAACCCCCUUGGAGAUAUUGGAUAAGGAAAGAUCACAGAUUAGACGUAUUUAAAAUACCAAAGGUUUGUGGAAAGAUGAAAAUCUCUUUGUAAAGGAAAUGUUACACGUUAUAUGGAAAUACACAACGUGUAUGCAUAGAUGAAACAUCCUUUGAAAUUUUUAUGCUAUUUUGAUAAAGAUCAAAGGUGUGUACAGAUAGAAAUUUCUUUGAAAGAUGAGUGUUGUCUUAAGAUUAUCAACAGCCAAUUCAGAUAUCUGUUUCACCAGACAAUUAAUGGACAUUCAAUAGUAACUUGCACACAGCCCUUAUACUGUGAUUUAAAGAUAUCACAAGACAGUGAGAGAAUGAUAAGAAUUGGAUGCAACUUAUAGUCGAUCACCAUGGAGCCAUGUUGGGAAAGGAUGCCAACAAGUUGGAAGCACUACCUACUGGGCCACAAGCUAGAAUAGUUAAGCUUUGUUUCCAUUGUCUUGGUUCAACAAACAUACAAUCUCAAUAAAAUCAAUCUUAGUUCUCACUACCGCUAAACAAGGAUCUGAGGACAUCCCAUUACAGGUCACGUCAGAACGACCUUUCAUCUUACCAAAAAGAGUGUAGCUUACCAAAUCAGGAAAGUGUUUUCUCAUCAUGCAACCUCAAAAUGUUUGACACGAUUAUUCCAAGCUACAAUUACGAGCUUUACGAUUGAAUCCAUCAAAAACAUUGUCUAUCUGUCCCUUCAGUGGGAUAAACAUUUGAACGGAAGAGACUUUGCAUCACCUGUGGGAAGUACUGCCCUACAAUCUCAGCCAUCUGUUGACAUUCCAGUAUGUUCUUUUGUUUAGUUUUCAAAUUUUGAAUCGAGAACUUUGUCAACAUAUUUUUCAAAGCCUAGUCGCCAGUAAGAAACUAAUCCUGUAUAGCUUAAGAAAGCUGCUUUCUGAUUGGCUAAGUUGACUUCUUGUUAGUCAUUUCAUUGGUCCGUCAAAGUUUGCGAAAGGUCGUUCUGAUAUGACCCGUAAUGGGAUGUCCUCAGAUCUUUGUUUAGUUGAAGUGAGAACUACGAUCUGGUUUUAAUGAGAUUGACAAAAGAUGACAUUCAAUGUGUUUGUCAGAGUCUCAAUUGUAUAUUAGAAAUCAUAGCACAAGUUAUCUAUUAGAUAUUUUAAUGAAUUUGUAAAGUUUUCUUUUUGAAUUAUUAUGCCUUUAUCAGCUAGUGACAUUUUGCUUGGGAUCUUAAGUAGAUUCACAUAAUGCAACACUACAUAGCUUUUUAGUGGUCAACCAGUAUAGUGAGGAAGCAAUUGCAAACAUUUAUUUCUGUACUGCUGACAAAAAAUGUCAUGGAGACAAGACAUAUUUUUCCAAAAUCUAUUUCUGUACCAUUAUUAUUUGUUUGCUUGUUGUUUAAUGCCACACUCUGCAAUAUUUCAGCUAUAUGACAGUGGUCUGUAAAUAAUCGAGUCUGGACCAGACAAUUCAGUGAUUGACAUCAUGAGCAUCAAUCUAUGUAAUAGGGAUGACAUGCAGAAUCAAGUCAGCAACCCUGAAAACCCGAUCUUGUUAGUCGCCUCUUACGACAAGCAUGACUUGUCGGGGACCUCUUCUCCACUGGUUUUACCAUUAAUAAAAAGUGGUGGAAACAUAACUACCUGUGAGUGUGAUGGGUUUAACACUGCGUUGAACAGUGUUUCCGUCAUAUCACAGCAUGUCAGCUUGAUGUGGGAGGAAAGUCCCUUCUGAUCAAGGUGUUAGAGGUUUGUUUACCACUUGAAAUCCACAAGCUCAAGAAUGAUGCAGACGUUUUUUGGGAUGACCACACACUUUGAUGAAAACAUUUCUCAUACACUACUAAUUACCUGUUUUGUCUCAACAUCUACCCACCAAUCACCAUCCAUAACCAACUGUGUUUGUCAGGUAGCAGCCAUGUACCAGUUCAUUAUUCCCACCCGGGACUCAGACACAGACAUAGUACAGUCGUUCACUCACAUCUAUUUCCAGUGCAUGUUUAUAGUCCUUUGAAAGUCCUAAUUAUUUGUUAGCAUCAGUGUGCACUUUGUUACGAUUAUAUUUUAUGUACAUGAACUGUUUUCUUUUAGCUUUUAAUAAAUAACUUCAAACAGCACGUUCUGCAUAAUGGCGUCAAUUAAUCUAUUACAGACCUUAGAAACUAUCUGAUAAAAGAUUAGAAUGGAACCGAAAUGCCUGCAGAC